CUCGCUCGCUCCCUCUCCCGCUCGCUCUCCCCCCUCCCUCCCUCGCUCUCUCGCUCUCCCUCUCUCUCUCCUACACUGCCAGCCCCUGAUGUGAUGGCGAAGAAACCCCGUUGACAAGGCACUGCUUUUUCAUGACGUUGUCAUGGAUGAUGACGAUGAUGAAUCCUGUCUCCUUGAUCUUAUUGGGGACCCACAAGCACUGAAUUAUUUUCUACAUGGACCUAGUACUAAAUCUAGCAAUGAAGACUUGACUAAUGCAGAAUAUUCUGUAGCCAACUCAAAUUCAAUUUUCGCCAACUCCAAUAACACUGAUCCUAAGUCGUCUGUAAAAGGUGUAAGUGGUCAGCUUGGAGAGGGGCCUAGUGAUGGACUGCAGCUCUCCAGUAGCCUUCAGUUUCUUGAAGAUGAACUUGUGUCUUCUCCUUUACCUGAUCUUACUGAGGAUCAGCCUUUUGAUAUUCUUCAGAAGUCCUUGCAGGAGGCCAAUAUUACUGAACAGACUUUGGCGGAAGAGGCAUAUUUGGAUGCCAGUGUAGGUUCUAGCCAACAGUUUGCACAAGCUCAGCUUCAUCCUUCUUCAUCAGCAUCCUUUACUCAGGCUUCUAAUGUUUCUAAUUACUCAGGUCAGACGUUGCAACCUAUAGGAGUUACUCAAGUGGUACAGCAACCUGUUGGAGCAUCUUUUGCAAGCAAUACAGUUGGUGUGCAACAUGGCUUUAUGCAACACGUCGGAAUUAGUGUUCCCGGCCAGCAUUUGUCUAAUAGCAGCCAGAUUAGUGGUUCUGGGCAGAUCCAGCUGAUUGGUUCAUUUAGUAAUCAACCUUCCAUGAUGACCAUCAAUAACCUCGAUGGAUCUCAGAUAAUACUGAAGGGCAAUGGUCAGCAGACACCUGCGAACAUGAGCAGUGGCCUCGUGGUUCAUAGACAAACUCCAAAUGGGAACUCGCUGUUCAGUAACUCAAAUUCAAGUCCCGUAGCACAACCCGUAACUGUUCCAUUUAGCAGCACAAAUUUUCAGACUUCAUUGCCUGUCCAUAAUAUCAUAAUUCAAAGGGGUUUGGCGCCCAACUCUAACAAAGUUCCUAUUAAUAUCCAACCAAAGCCUAUUCAGAUGGGUCAGCAGACUGCUUACAAUGUGAAUAACUUGGGAAUACAGCAACAUCAUGUACAGCAAGGGAUUCCGUUUGCUUCUGCAAACUCACCUCAAAGUUCAGUAGUUGGUCCUCAUAUGUCUGUUAAUAUUGUUAAUCAACAACAAAAUACAAGAAAAUCAGUUACACCUCAAACAGUUAGCAAUGCUGGAGGUAGUAUUGUUAUCCAUUCUCCUAUGGGACAGCCUCAUGCACCUCAAAACCAGUUUCUCAUACCUACAAGUUUGUCUGUUAAUUCUAAUUCAGUUCAUCAUGUCCAGGCCAUAAAUGGACAACUUCUUCAGACUCAGCCUUCCCAGCUGGUUCCUGGCCAAGUGUCUGCUGAGCAUGUAAUGCUUAACAGGAACUCUACAAACAUGCUAAGAGCCAACCAGUCAUAUUCAGGACAGAUGCUGAAUAAUCAGAACACAGCUGUUCAGCUUGUUUCAGGCCAGACAUUCACAGCUCCUGGAAACCAAGUUAUAGUAAAUCAUGGAACUUCCCAAAUUGUUGGUGGACAGGUGCCACUGCAGCAGGCGUCACCAACGGUGUUGCAUUUGUCACCCAGCCAAGCUAAUGUUUCUCAAGGCAGAUCGAGUUUUACCACCAUGUCACCUGGGCAGUCCACAGUCUCAAAUAUGUCAGCUUCUAGUCGAUUUGCUGCUGCGAGUUCUUCUGGUUCAGUGCACCCCAGCUUGGGAGCAUCCGUUCAGUCUGUCGCGUCGGGAGGGAGCUUUACGGGAGAUCAGCUGGUCCAGAACAGAGCUCAAGUUGCCGUCAGCGCAUCGCAUCGUCUUCCAGCAUCCUCCUCCAAGUCUGUCAGCACCUUUAGUCACACGUCUGUGGGAGCAACACAACAACAGUUUGCCUUUGGUCAGAAAAAGGCCGUGAACCAGACAUCACCAGUUUCCGCAUCGAAGACACAGGACAAUUUGAGACAGCCUCAGCUAACAAAUCUUCUGAGCAACACACUAUCAGGACAGGACUCUGGAGGAAAAAUCAUACAACAAUCUCUAGGAACAGCACAGCCACAAGAAAAAGUGGUAGGAUCGUCAUCAGUUCAGCAGAGUAUACAGGUCGAUGGUCAUUUAGUUGGACAGAAAAGGCCUGCUGCUAAACAGUUAACUAAAGGAGCUUUUAUUCUGCAGCAAUUACAGAAGGAUCAGGUACAUGCUGUGACACCAGAUAAAAGUCAGUUCAGAUCAUUAAAUGAUGCAGUUCAGAGACUCCUUUCAUACCAUGUGUGCCAGGGAUCACUGCCAACAGAAGAAGAUUUAAGAAAAGUGGACAGUGAAUUUGAAUCUGUAGCUACACAGCUUCUGAAGAGGACACAGGCUAUGCUGAACAAAUACAGAUGUUUGCUUAUAGAAGAUGCAAUGCGGAUAAAUCCCUCCGCAGAAAUGGUUAUGAUUGAUAGGAUGUUUAACCAGGAGGAAAGAGCAUCUCUGACCCGGGAAAAGCGUCUUGCACUUGUGGAUCCUGAUGGUUACCAGGCCGAUUUUUGUUGUUCUGCCAAACAAUUUGAGAAAACAGCUGAAGAAGCACAGUCCAGCAAAAGUGACAACCAGUCUAGCAAAACAUUACCUUCUCGGAGUCAGACUACCAAAACCCAAGCCAGAGACCGACCAAAAUCCAGUUCAGCAGAGUCCACAAAUCAUAGUAAACUUCCUAUAGUGCCUAACAACAUUCUGACACCACAAGAAGGAAAAGUUUCUACUAAAAAAUCUGAGAGCCUCACUAAAGCUUUAAAGUUUGAAAAAGCUAAUUGUUCUUCUGAGAGCCAAUACAUGGCCCUUUCUGAAGAAAGGAUGAGUGGGAAAGAUCUUGCCAAGUCCACUGAGAAUUCUUCGAGUUCUGAAGACUUGUCAAAAGUAGUGUCAAGAGGCAGUCAUGGAACACACAAUAAAAUAUCAAGGAACGCAGUUCAGUCUUUCUCAAAGGUAACGUGUAAUAAUUCACUUCAAGACAAAACUCUGAGGAGCUCUCCAAAGAAUGAGGUUUUGCAUCCUGAUAACAGGAAAGGCUCUGGUGAAUCCCAGGAAGACUUACUGCUCAGUAAGAGUUUAGAAACUACAUUUAAAAACAUCUUGGAACUUAAAAAAGCUGGGAGACAGCCACAAAAUGAGGCGGCAAGUAGUGGCUCGAUUGAAUUAGAGUUCCCUAAUUUUUCACCAAUCUCUUCACAAGAGAACUGCCUGGAAAAAUUUAUUCCAGACCACAGUGAAAGUGUUGUAGAAACUGACUCUAUUUUAGAAGCAGCUGUAAAUAGUAUCUUAGAGUGUUAAUAGUUACAGUACCAUGGACAAGUUAUGUUUCUCUUAGCAGAAGCAAAUGUGAAUGACACCACAAGUACAGCCUGACAUGCAUUUAAGGUUAACCUUUCUAAACUAGAUUCUGUUCUGUGUUUGAGAGCAAUACUCAUUGUGGUUACAGUGAGAUAUCCAAGUAAAGUUAAUCCUUGUUAGAAUGCAGUCUGUUAGGGCCUUACUGUUUCAAGUAUUAUUAUGAUAGUGCUUUUGAUUAUUGAGCAGUGCUGCAACGUAACAGGGUUGCAGGUUGUUAGGCCCUAUAUAAUAUGGUAAUAUACUGACAAUCACAGUCAUUUGAAAGGAUAUAUUUAUUAAGAAAAUGUUUUUAAAGAGUGAUGGAAGCAACAAUUCUCCCCUACCCUUCUCUUCCACAAAUCAUCAAAUUUUUAGUUUUUUCUGGAAAACCCACUGUACCUCUAUUCAGAAGCGAUUAUUUGCUUUAUUAAUGAUUCUGUAUUCUAGGAUUCUUAAGUUGGAAGGAAAUCAUCAGUGUGUUUACAAGGCUUCAUAACUUAAACUUUAAGUGCUUUUCUAUUGCUUUCUGAGCAGAAACUAGUACUUGAUAUAUUUGUAGUGGGUAACUUUAGUCUGUGGGAUGAUAUUAUAUGAUCUUAGUCACAGUGGCAUGAUACGAAGUAAUAAAUGCUUCACUAAGGAAGGUAGAAUGGAAGCCAGUAAAUAGCAAAGUGUACAGGAUGAGGCCAUGAUAGAGCCAUGAAGUUAUAUAUAUAAUACAUAUAUAUGUUAUCUCUGAGGAAAAGAUUUUGCAUUUUAUAAUUGGAUGUAGUCAGCCUCGAGUCUUUCUGAAGUGGUAUAAAUGUUUUUUUUUUAAUUUGUUGUUUGUUUUUUUUUAAGACCAAGUGUCAAAAGCACUUUGAUUUGAAAACUGUAUUUGUAGCUUAUAUUUUAAGAGGAUGUUAGCCUUACUCUGAGUAAAUUUAAAGGCCAGUGUUUAUUUUUUAAUUUUUUUUUUUGCUUUUUGCUGUCAGAGAAUGUUAAAUCAUCCACCGUAGCAGUCAUUAUUAUCAAGAUAUGUACAGACCAAAGUUGAUCAGCAAUCCCAUUGUUUAAACAUAUCAAAAAAAAGUGUAAUUAUUAAUUCAUAUUGUAAAGCCAAGUGAAACCAUUGCAUGGUUUGCAUUUGGCUUGCUGUUGUUAAGAUAGAAUCUUAUUAUUUUAUUUAUUUAUUUUAAUCUAUUACUUUUUUUUGCUGCCCAUGCUGCUUUGUUCUAGUUUACUUUGGUCAUGAGUGCUUUUGUGCACAUAAGCGCGCUGACGUUGGUCAUGUGUGUGUAGUACAUAUGUCUGCUCAGGAGGAUACAGCUUUUGUGGUUUCUAAGGUUUGCUCAUGUUCUCCCCCAGAACUUCUCCACCAUUUCUCAAAAACAUUACCAGCCCUUUUCCAGACUUACUGAUUAUGAUUUUCAUGGUGUAAGAGGCUCAUUGUGACAAGCUGUGGUUGUCAGUCAGAUUGCCAGGAGAGAAACCAAGAGGUUUUGCCGGUGUGUAAUUCAGUCCAUCUGAAUGGCACGGAAGGAAGCAGAAUUAGACACCUGGGAUAGUAGAACAUUACAGUGCAACUCAGUACUGAGCUACAAUCCACUGUCUAACCACUAAAGGAAACCAAAUCUAGAAAGCAAUGAGAGAAAGAUGAGCUUCCUUAAAAUUCAUUUCCCCUUCAACGUGAAUGGAAGUACUGGUUUUAUAUGUUACUAAUUGCCAUUUUAAACAAUUGUGCCAAUUUUAAAAUACAUGUUUGUAAAAACCCAACAUUCCCAAGUGUUAUAUGAGAUAUUAAUAAGUAUUGCCAGUUUUAAAUUUUUAGUUGAGUGUCCACAGAAUAGACUCUCAGGCAGUUAGUUGUUUUCUUAUUGGCAAAACUGACAAGAUAGUCUUCACCUAUUGCCUUUUUAGAUUUAAUAAUAUUCUCAUGGCUGUGUAUCCUGAUGCAUAUUUUAUUUUAUCAUUUUGGGAAUUUAAUUAAUUUAUCAUUCUGAACUAUUUAGGAAGGAGAGCAGUAAGUUACACAGCUGUAUGCUAACUAGUUAAAUUUUUCUUUUGAGGAGAAAAAGGUGAAGUUGCACAUUCAUCAGUCCCCUUGCUUGUUGUACCACCUCGAAAUGGGUAUGGGGUUUCCAGCCUCUCUACAGCAAUACAGAACUGAAGUAUCAGGUUAUGUGUCUUAUAUUGGGUCUCAUUGGCAAGGGGGGACAAUGGCAUAUAAAAAAUGACAAAAUGCAAAAAGUAAUUGUGAUUGAUUUGGUCAGACACAUUUCUCUGAACUGCUGAAGAGAGGAACCCCUUGAACAAUCCUAGUAAGAUUGAUCUUAGAUUGUUAAUGUUCUGUUGUUCACUCCUUUGAAUUCAAUCCUAAAGGAAUUCUGGUACGUGGUGAAGCAGUAAAUGAAAUAAUUGUAUUUUUGUGGUGCUUAAAAGAAGUUUAUUAAUCAUAUGGGCUCAAGUCCAGCAAAGUAUUGUGAAUAUGCAUGACUUUAAACAUGUUUUCAUUAUUUUGCUGGAUCAGCAUUGUGAUUUCAAUGUUAUUUAAUACCGCCUAAUAUUAAAACAAAUUUUAAACUGGCAAUUAAGAAAACUAUGUUCAUUUCGAAGAUUUUGGUAUAAUUUAUCUGUUAGAGUAGGGAGGCCUUACAGACUGACUUCACUUAAAGAGGAUGUGUCACUUAUUGUCAGCGUGGUAUGGACUUUAUUUGCUUAAAUACCUUCAUUUGUAAAGUAUGUCUCACUUGAAAUUGCUUUGUAUACAUUUUGUAAAAAUAUUUAUAAAAUGUUUUGUAAAAAAAAAAAGUAUAACAAAUUGCAGUUUAUUUUGUUAUGUUGGAUAAAUACUGUUAAAAGACACAAGUCAGUAAAUAUAUUGUUAAUCCAUGGAUAGGAAAUGUUUAGUUGGAGAUUACAAAUUGAACCAACCAUUGCAAUACAGCCAAAGAUUUGGGAAAAAAUGUCUAUCUGUGAUUGUCUUGAUUUAACCAAGUUGAAUAUUUACAUUUCCAAAAGAUGAUUGGUAUCAGUUUUAAGUAAUAUGGCUACAAAAUAUUCUUACUCCUCUGCUUUUCUUGACGCAGCUCUGUUGUAAUGUAUUCAGUAGGCCAACUUUCCAUACUCCUUAUGCACUUUCUGAACAUACACUGUUAGGAUUUGGUUCAUGUGGCAUUAAUAUUACUGAAUGUAGCUGUAAACUCCAAAUUACAUGAGAGCCAAUGGUCCUGCCUUGUUGGUAUUAGAAGUCUUGCCCAGUGAGGUUCUUGGGACAUGCUCUCCUUCUCUGGUGUAUUUUCACAAGGUGGGGGAAUCAUCUUCCUGAUGCCUCAGGGAGAUGGAAGAUGAGAGGGCUUUUGCCAGUCAAGUGGCCACUGCAUCCACACUGCGGGUUUGACUCACAUCAGCUGCAUUUGGUUGUAGAUACCUGUGUUUGGGUAUUCUGUGAGAAAAUGCUGCAGUUGUAGGUGGUACAGGGAAUCUUCCUACUUUUAUUAGAGGGUAAGAACCUUUUCUUACUGUGAUUGAAUUUUUCAGAGAGUAUGCUGAGAAACUGAUCUAGUAAAGCUCUUAUGCUUGGAACUUCCUCACUUUUUGGAGGCUGGAGUAUGGGUGAAGGGCACUGCCUCUCAUCUUGGAGUAGGGCCUGCACUGUUGAAAGGUAGAAAUCUUCGUGGUUAGUAUUUGUUAUUUUGUCAAUGAGACAAAAUAAAUACACCUUUUGAAUGCUUCCCAUAUGGAUUCAGACACUAAAAUGAAUAAAAUCAGUUAUAUAUUA